GUAAAAUGUAAUUUUUAAACUUCAGCUAAACGAUGUAUUUUUUUUUUUCAUGAAUUACUAGUUGUUUAAGGAUUGAACCUUUGUUUUCCUUUAUUUUAUUUUCCUUUAUUUUAUUUUUUUUGUAUUUGUAUAACUAGUAUGAGUGAUCAUAUUGAAUCAUCUCGCGUGUGUAGUGUGGGUCUUUUAGCAACCGAGCCUCUUCAUGACCUCGAUAGUUUUAAUAUCCAAGCAAACGACACGGGUUAUGAUUUUGUAGUCACACCUAUUUCACAACCUUCUUUCAAAAGUGUAUUAAAUGAAGAAGGAAUCAUUAGUGACUUUGAUCAUGACAUUUGGAAAGAUCGACCUUUUUUUGAUCGUAAAGACUUGAUCAUAAACUCUGCAGAAUGGUCACAUAAAAUGAUUGGUUUAUUAGCUAGUUGGAUUCAGCUUGAUUCAGCCGAUCCAGAAAUUAGACUUUGUUCAGAAUUAGCCUUGAAACAAGAAAUUGAUUGGGCCUGUCAUAUUAGUUUAUCAGGUGUUAUUUUCCCUUUUUUACCAAAGGGAUGUUUAAGCAAUACAGCUAGAACCAUUAAUAGCCUUGUGAAGACAAUGACUUUUCCUGUUUUUAUGGUAAGAGUACCACUUACAGAUAGACAAGACGUUCAAGGCAAUAUUUCUUGGAAGCGAUGGAAUCGGUUUAGAACAUUAACAGAAACUAAUCCUAAAAUUUAUGUUGCGCUUGAAAUUACUUCAGAGUUACCUGCUGAUGAACAAUUACUUGAUUUAUGGCUAGCAGAGCCUGUAAAAGAAGUGAUCGUCCCUGCUGAAAUAUUUGUAGCUAAUACAAAGGGAUAUCCCGUAUUACCAAAAGCUCAUCAACUUUUUAUUCAAAAGUUAAUGGAUAAAAUGAAACCUGAUAUUAUUGUUACUUAUCCAAAAAUACAACUUCAUAAAUUAGCAAAUCCUACUUCUUAUCUUGAAUAUAUUCGUUAUCUUAACCGUAGAUUACCUCGUUGGACAGAAUUAGAACAGAGUACAAUAGGAUAUCAUGAUUAUCUUCAAGCGCCUUUACAGCCUUUAAUGGAUAAUUUAGAAAAUCAAACAUAUGAAGUAUUUGAAAAAGAUCCUGUUAAAUACCAACAAUAUGAGAAAGCUGUUUAUAAAGCCUUAUUAGACCGUGUUGAACAUGGAUCAGAUUAUGUCACGACUAUUAUGGUUGUUGGAGCUGGUAGAGGACCUUUAGUGAAUUGUUGUUUACGUGCUUCUGAAAAAUCCGAGAGAAAAGUACAUAUCUUUGCUCUUGAAAAGAAUCCGAAUGCAUAUGUAACUCUACAAAAUGUAAAAGCAGAAAAAUGGGGAGAUAAAGUAACAUUAGUCUUUGCAGAUAUGAGGAAAUGGAACCCUCCUACAAAGUGUGAUAUUUUAGUAAGUGAAUUAUUAGGUUCAUUUGGUGAUAAUGAAUUAUCUCCUGAAUGUUUAGAUGGUGCUCAAAAGUUUAUUAAAGAUGGAGGCAUCUCUAUCCCUGCUUCUUAUACAAGUUAUGCUUCUCCAUUAGCAUCUACACGAUUAUUCAAUAAUGUAGGCGCUUACAAAGAAUUGGAAAGAUUUGAGAUACCUUAUGUUGUUUUAUUCCAACAAGUAUGUGAGUUAGCACCUUCUAAGGCACUUUGGACCUUUGAACAUCCUACUAAGAAAGGAAAUAUCGAAUCUCAUGGUGGCAAUCCAUUAAAUAAUCUCCAUAAUAAGCGAUAUAGUCGUGUUGAAUUUACUAUUCACCAUGAUACAGUCAUGCAUGGUAUUGCAGGUUACUUUGAAUGCGUACUCUAUAAAGAUGUCAUGAUUUCUAUUCGUCCUGAAACUCACUCACCCGAUAUGCUUAGCUGGUUUCCAAUUUAUUUUCCUAUUCGUUCCCCAGUUCAAAUACCUAAAGGAUCUACUGUAUCUCUUGAAUUUUGGCGUUUAACUGAUGCCACUAAAGUAUGGUAUGAAUGGACUGUAAGUAUUAAAGGUCAACAUGGAGAAGAAAUGACUGUUUUACCUAUUCAUAACGUUGAUGGACAAGCUUAUUACGUUGGUCUUUAAAUUUGACUGAAAUAAAGUAUAUACAAAUAUAGAAUACAACAAAAAAAAAACUAUUAUAGACGACAAUCAUGUCUAAAUCUUGUAUAAAUCUUUUUUUUUUACUGUAUAAAUUUAUAUCAAAAAAAAAAGGAGAAAGUAAUAAUCACUACUACUGCUGCGGUGGGGAAAAUGAUGACAAUGAUUUUGAUACACGUCGGACUUCUUUUAUAUCUUUCUUUUACACGUUAUGUAGUCAUCACUAAGCCUCUAAAAUGGCACGUGUAUAAUGUUAUAUUUAUAAUAAUAAAAGUUUAUAUUUAUAUGUAAAAAAAAACAAACAAAAGAAUAAAAAGAAAAGAAACUUUCGAUUCUUAUUAGAUUCAUU